UGAAGGCACCACUCCUCUUCAGGACAACUCUAGCAGUUUCCUGUAGUGUCCUCUCUGUGUUCUUCUCAUCUCUGCAUCCAUCCACCAUGUCCAUUCGCUCGACAACUACCACAGUUCCCAGGACUGUGACCUCAAAGUCCAUUAUCACCAAGACUCGGGGUAGUUCGUUGGCAGCUCCACAGAAAGCCUACAGCGUCUAUGGAGGUGGUAUAGGAGGAGGCACCCGCAUCUCCACUUACAGAGUCGGUGGUGGUGGAGGAUACGGUUUGGGUGGAGGAUAUGGAGGUGGAUACGGCGGAGGAUAUGGAGGAGGAUUCGGUGGUGGGAUCUUCGUUGGAGGCGAUAGUGACUUGGUCCAGCUGAAUGAGAAGGCCACCAUGCAAAACCUGAAUGACCGCCUGGCUUCCUACCUGGAGAAGGUGCGCUCGCUGGAGGCUGCCAAUGCCAAUUUGGAGAGGCAGAUCCGCGAAUACUAUGAGAAGAAAGGGCCGAUCGCACAGAGAGACUACAGCCCCUACUGGAACACCAUCAAGGACCUAAAAGACAAGAUUAAGAACGCUACCAUCAACAACGCCAACAUCCUACUGCAGAUUGACAACUCUAAACUGGCUGCUGAUGACUUCAGAAUCAAAUACGAGCACGAACUGGUGAUGCGGCAGUCUGUGGAGGCCGACAUCGCUAACCUGCGCCGCUUGCUGGACCAGACAACCCUUACAAAGGCCGACCUGGAGAUGCAGAUCGAGAGUCUGCAGGAUGAGCUGGCGUUUAUGAAGAAGAACCACCAGGAGGACUUGGCUGCACUGAGGUCACAGCUGACAGGCACAGUGAACGUAGAGGUUGAUGCUGCUCCUCAACAAGACCUUAACAAAGUUCUGGAGGAGAUUCGUUCUCAUUAUGAGAACAUCAUCCAGAAGCACCGAAGGGAACAGGAAGACUGGUUUAAAGACAAGACCACAGGGUUGAACAAAGAAGUGGCCAUCAGCACAGAGACCAUACAAACAUCCAAGACACAGAUCACAGAUCUACGACGCACCUUGCAGGGUCUGGAGAUCGAGCUGCAGUCUCAACUCAGCAUGAAAGCAGCACUGGAGAACUCACUGGCAGACACAGAGGCUAGAUACAGCGCUAUGCUAGCAGGCUACCAGAACCAAAUCAACAUGCUGGAAGCCGAGCUUAGUCAAGUGCGGGCUAGCAUUGAGCAACAGGGACGCGAUUACACCUUACUGCUGGACAUCAAGAGCCGCCUGGAGCAGGAGAUCGCCACCUACAGAAGCCUCCUGGAAAAUCAGGACAUCAAGACUCAAGUACCAGGUGGAACUGUCACCAUCAGCUCAGGUGGAACAACAACAACAACAAUCCAGAAAACACAGCACUUCUAAGCGCUAAAUGCACAUCACACUGCUUUAUGAGACGACAUCUGGACACAGACACACACACACAUUUGGCUUUGAAUGCAUACUGAGAACAAGAACUACCGAAAGAAAAACAGAUGACACUCUUAUUUGUGUGUGUUGCAACCUGUCUCUGAAAAUAAAGAUGCUGUUGUGAAUUAC